AUGUUCCCCACUCCUCGCACCCACUCCCCCCCCGCUGGAUUUGGAUCGGGGCGCGACGCCCCGACCCCGCCGCCCGACACCACACCACUGUCGUUCCCAUCACCGCCUCGCCGGAGCGCUCCCUCACCGGUCUGCCUCCCCAUACGCACGUCGUCGCCGUCGUCCUCCCCAAGCAACACUGCCACGAACCCUGCAUCUCGCCAUGAGCCUCGCUCCCUCCCUCUCCCUCGCGCGCUCGCGCUCGUCGCCGCAGCCCCCGCGCGCGCGCUCACCGCGCUCACUACAUCGGCCGCGCGCCCUGGCCGAAUCGCCCGCGGCACGGCCUCCUCUCCCCCCUCCCGCACUGUCCUGCGCGCUCGCCGCCCGCCCCGCACUGCUCCGCCCGCGCACGCCGCUCGGGGCCGCGCCCCGCGCCCCGCCCCUGUCCGUGCAUCGCCGUGCGCACCCCACGGCCACGCGAUGCGCCCGCCAACCUCCUCGCUCCGGCCACCACCCGCGGCCGCCUCCUCCCCUGCUGCUUGCUCGCCGCCGACCACCCCCCUGCUCGCCGCUGCUGCUCGCUGCGGGGCUCAGCCGCACCCCCGCGCGCCUGGUGCUGCUCCCCCGCCUCCCUGCCGCCCUAUCGCCGCAGCGCCGUCGGCCACCGCGGCCGCCCUGGACACCGGCCUCGCCUCGCCGCACUCUCUGCGGGCGAGCGCCCGUCCAGGCGCCCGCGCCCGCUAG